AUGGACAAGGAUGAUUCCGAAAGCUCGAUAGAGUCACAUAUUGACAGCGCGAGCUCUGGGGUCCUCGAAUCUGCAGAAACAAGUGUGCAGCCUCCGCCUCUAGAACCUAUCGAGGAGCAGCAAGUAGAAGUUGUCUCUUACAACUCGCGCAAAGAGUCGACAGAAACCCUCUCAACCUCGUCCAUUAUAGAGCUAUGUCAACAAUGCACGUCGGCUUUCGAAACCUGUACGCACCAUGAAAGCCUAAUAAAGCUGAAGCGCGAGUGGGCGGGGGAACGCUUCUUCGACUUCAAUAUCUAUAUUAACUGCAUCGGCGUCCGGUCCCCAUCCAGGGCAUUUCUUGAUUAUCGCCUCGACUCUGGGCAAUCUACUCGGCUCCUGCUCUCGAAUAUUCUGACCAUGCUCAAGAAGUUCCUUGCCGAGUGCAUCAGCUGUGCAGAGGCACAGUCCGGCAUCGAUGCAGCCACCAAGAAGGUGGAUACGUCGAUCAAAUGUUUGUCCCAAAUAAUGGAAGCCAUUAUUCGACCCGGCAUACGAUCACGCCUUCCGCAGGGCGACUGCACAGAGCGCGAUCAACAGGACAACGUUGACGACCCUAUCAAGGCAUCCACAACGCAAGGUAACUCAUGGUUUCAGGAAGCUGAGAAGAAGGCUUCGCAACCUGCCAUUGUGGCACUCACUGCACUCAGGCCCGCAGAUCGAUAUCCCAGAGCACCAAAGUUGCCCCAAGGUGCAACAGCGUUCAAGCGCCCGUGCUGCUGCGAAACUCUACCGGCCGAGUUUGCUAAUGACGACAAGCUGUGGAGGUACUACUCUCAAGUCUCAUGA